AUGGCCAAAUCUACCCCGGCUUUAGCAACAAUGUCAAGCGCUAUGCUUCCUCCUACUCCAAACGAUGGUGAAUCAACUAAAUACAGGAAUAAAGUUACACAAUGUUUUGAUGAUAUAUUAGAUGUUUCCACACAAAUGUUGGUCCAGCAGCAGUUGAAAACCAUUCAAUUAGAUAUCAAUGUUACCAACGGUUUCAAUUUAUCACAACAGAAAAUAUUGCAUGAAAAAGUGAAUUUGUUUCAUUCGCUUUUAGACGAUCUUGAAUGCACUUUAGAGACUAGUAAGACGUUCACUGAACACAUUGCAAAGCUUGGUAAACAGAGAGAAGAAGAGAAACUGAAAAAGGAUAAAGAAAGGGAAGAAGAGCUUGAGAGAACUAGAAAAAGGCUGGAAGAUGAAGAACAAAAAGCAAAGGAAAAAGCAGAACAGGAAGAAAAGAAGAAGACGGAAGAAGAGCAUGUACAAAGUCAAAAAGUGGGAAAUAUUGACAAUGAAAGUCAAUUAUUAAAUUUCAAUUCAUCAAAUGAUAUUGAAUCAACCGAUAAACUAGACUUCCUUGUUGAUACUCCUUCAAAUCUGCUGGCAGAUUUUCCAACUAAAAAUGAUGAUCUAAUAAAUUCUUUUGCAGAAACAGCAUCAAAUAAAAAUAAUAAAAUUGAAGAGAAAGUCAACGAAGAUAAAAUGGAAAGCAAUAAAGCUGCUUCCGAAGAAAACAAACUAACUUCUGCUACUCCAGCUGACAACGGUAAUACAAAUAAUAUGGGAGCAAGUACAUUUGAUAAUUCCAAUCCGAUAGAUAUGUCUAUGUUUUCUGGAUUAGAUGGUAAUGGAUUUGAUUUGGGAAAUUUUGGAUCUUUAGACACACCGUCAUUAGUUACUGAACCAACUGCACCUGAAGUUAAACAUAAUGAUAGCAACAAUGUAAAUGAAAAUGCAGAAAAAAUGAUAGAUCAACUUAACGUAGAAAAUGAAAAUGUAGAAAAGAAUGAUAAGAGUGAUACAAACACAAAUAAUGACAACAAUACAAUUGGUGAUAACACAGAUGAUUACCUAACCUUAAAUGAUUUCAAUGACCUCAAUAUUGAUUGGAAUGCAAAUGGCGAUCCAGAGGAUAUAGAUUUGAAUAUAUUUAAUAUAUAA